UUUCCGCUUCUUGCUAAUAGUGUGCAAUUGUAGCAAUCUUAGGAAAUGUUAAUUUUCCCGGCGAAUCCAUAGUAUACACACGUCCAGAGUCACUUAUUCCCCCGAUCCUCCUUCGAGUUUUUCCUUCUGUCUACGGAUCAAGUAUUGAUGUCGUUGACUGUUUAAUGUAGAUCAGCAGGUCCAUGAUGAAUGUUGUGCGGAUCACGAAGGUUUCGAUAGAUCUACCCAUCAACCAAGGAUCAGGAUUUGUCUUCUCUGGGAGCCCACCCAGAGUGUCUCAAAUACUUGAGAGCUCAUUGAGAGAAACCAAUAUGAAUUUGGUUGGAUAUUUUUUUUGUUCCCUCGAAGUUCCGAAUUUGGUGAUUUCGAACGUUGUCGACACGAAUCGCCUUCACAAAAUUCUCCAUGCGAACCAGCACCUACUGCGGAAAAUUAUUCUAUGCGAUCAUCCUCCUGCUCCAAAUGCCCUCCACGACUGCCGCUAUGAGCACACUCUGCCUGUAGGUCUCGAUUUAGGAAUCUCAUUUACUGGAUUUCCAGCUCAAAUCGAAAGCGUCUCUCCCGAUUCACCGUUUGCGAGAAAAGUCCAUCCCUCUCAGAUGGUAGAAGCGGUUGUCGUUCCCGGCCAGCCUAUCCUCAAUACUCACUCACCAGGCUUUACGGGACACCGGGUACGCGAGUUCUUGGAUCUGCAUUCUUCGGUUCCAAAGCGAUUGCUGAUUGUUAAGGAUCAGCUUGUGGUAUAUACGUCACGUGAUCGGAAUGAAAGCGCCGCCUUUGAUUCCAGCGACUGCUGCCGUGUUUUGUAGUACAUGACCUGAAUCAAUUUCAUAAUGACUUAUGCUUUUAAACGGGGUCCGAAAAAGCGAUUCUCAUAUUUAAUACGACGCACGUCAACAUCUCCGAGAUCCGGUCCUCGUCGGUAUUUUUGUCAAAUUGCCUUUUCUAAUUUAUAAUCCUCUUGUACAUUGC